AUGCUAGAUCAGGAAACUCCGCCUCCACACGGCGGAACCGAAAACUCGACGGCUACUUUCGAACAACUGCAAACUUUCCAAGAGACUGACAACUAUCCCGAAGGAGGCUGGAAGGCAUGGUCGGUUGUGUUCGGAGCAUGGUGCGCCAUGAUUCCUUCCAUGGGUCUACUAAAUAGCCUUGGAAUCCUCCACGCAUGGACCAGCACACAUCAACUUAAAGAGUAUUCUGAGUCCAGCAUUGGCUGGAUAUUUGGUGCUUAUGGCUUUUUCUUAUACUUUGCAGGGGCCCAAGCGGGUCCAAUUUUCGAUGUAUACGGGCCGCACUAUGUCAUCAUACCAGGCUCUUUCGGUAUGGUGAUAGCUCUGAUAUGUUUCAGCUUCAGCGAAGAAUAUUACCAGAUAUUCCUUUCCUUCAGCGUGCUAGGAGGUCUUUCAGCUUGCACACUCUUCACUCCAGCUGUUUCGGCAGUUGGUCAUUGGUUUAAUGUGCGAAGGGGGUAUGCUACAGGCAUUGCGUGCACAGCUGGUGGCGUAGGAGGGGUUAUAUUUCCCCUGAUAAUUCUCUUCGCGGCCCCCAAGAUAGGAUUCCCAUGGGCGAUCCGAAUCAUUGCUCUUUUGAGUGUUGUCAUGUGUACCUUGGCAUGCUUUCUCCUGAAGGCCAGGUUGCCAGCAAACCUCAAAUCGGGUGCUACAGUCGAUUUUCACGCAUUGAAAGAUCCCCUCUAUUCUGUCACUACUGUCGCGGUCUUUCUGGUGGAAUUUGCAGUCUUUAUACCUAUAACGUAUAUUGCAUCGUAUGCCAUCCAUGUUGGAGUCAGCGACACAAUCGCAUACCUACUCAUCGCUUUCUUGAACCUGGGAGCCAUCCCCGGGCGCUUUUUACCUGGCUUGAUAGCCGAUCGACUGGGUCGUUUUAAUGUCAUGGUGCUGACAUCAUUUGUCUGCGCCGUAUUGACUCUCGCACUGUGGCUGAAAUCAGGCGACAAUCUCGCCGCACUCGUCUGCUACGCUGUGUUGUUUGGCUUCUGGAGCGGAGCAGCAAUUAGCCUGACGCCAGUGUGCAUCUCUCAGGUCUGCGCGACGCAGGAUUAUGGCAAGAGAAAUGGAACCACGUUCACGAUCGUCAGCAUUGGAACCCUUACGGGUAUCCCCGUCGCAGGGGCGAUCCAGCAGCGUGACGGAGGAGAUUACGGCGAUCUGAUCAUAUUUGGUGGUGUCCUCUAUCUUGCGGCUGCAAUGGCAUUUGCCAUAGCUAGAGGCGUUUGCUGCGGAUGGUCCUUCAAGACAAUAUUUUAG